AUGCAAGUGAGGCUCUUGAUAGAAGAAUACCUGUCCUACCCCACCAUCACAAACUAUUUGAUGAAGGACGUCGACAUGGUUCCGGCUCCGGCAUUUACCAUUUGCUCACAACCGUCGGUGAAGACUUCUUUCAAGUUGGACCCAGACACGGAUUUCAUGGAAUUCGAAGAGUUCAGUAGGACCGCAGUUUUGCUUUUCGACGUUGUCCUGCACAUUCCCUUCAGCUCGCUCAAGUUCACGAAUUCCUCAAGCGUCAACGGGGAAACCAUUUUUCUCCUUCCAAAAGAUAAAGGGCAUUGGAAUGAGAGAACACUUUUUGCUGAGAACAAGAAGAAAACACAUUAUUUCAAGUGCUACACACUGUUCUCAAAUAAGUAUGUGGAAACUCAACCGAACGGUUGCCUCGGUGGAACUUUCGUCUUUGACUUCAAAGACCUUGGUGGCAUCACCGAACCAAAGAGGGAGAAAUUCGCUUUGCGUGUUUCCAGACCGGAAAAGUUGGUCAUUUUCAACAACACCAUCACCAGUCUCUUCAUUCGUCCCGAGGUCAUUCAGAAACUGAGUAGGAAAGAUGCACCCUGUUCGCAGCUCGAGGACUACAGCUACACCAGGUGCAUGGAGAACUGCUUUUGGGAGAGAUUCCAAUCUCGCCCUGGCCUUCCGUGUAUCAUCUCGUCCCUCCUGACCCAGGAAGUCAACUUGACAGUACCGAAAUGUCAAGACCGAAAAAGCGAAAAGGAGAUGGUUGGAGAACUGCUGUCAGCCAUCCCUACGGAGAUGCCCACCCUAGCUGAUAAUUGCAACUGCCCGAGAAGGUGCAAUAUGACCGAGUAUCACAUCUCUGGGGAUCCCACCUCGGCCUGCAGUCAGGAGGUUCAAUCUUUCCGCGGUGCUGGGAGAGCGAUUCUCUUCUUCACUUUCCCUUCAAAACUGGUACCUCACUUCCUGGAGAAAGAGAAAGUGACCCUUCCAGAUUUGUUGUCCAACAUCGGAGGUAUUGUCGGCGUUUGCCUGGGUAUUUCCCUCAUCACCAUCUUCGACAUCGUGGAGCAGGUGAGGCUCAUGUUGGAGGAAUACCAGUCCUUCCCUACGAACACGCUGUACAAAAUAGAUGAUGUUGAAGCCGUCAGUGCUCCUGCAUUUACUGUCUGCCCAAAACCAUCUGUGAAGAGUUCUUUGGCAAACAGAAAGGAUUUGGGAUUCAAUGCAUCCCAGAAUGCAUCCGUUUCUUUGGGAGAAAUAGUCUGGUUUGACAACCUCCGACUUCAAAGGCCACAGAAUAAAUCAAGUGCGAACGGGGAAACCAUCAUUCAAAUUUCAGACGGGAGUGGACAUUGGACCCAACGGACAUUUUAUGGCAAGGGGCUUUUUGGGCCCAAUUUACAGUAUUUCAAGUGCUUCACUCUGUUCCUGACGAAAUAUAUCCUGACUGGACCAGGAAAAUGUGCAGGGCAAAGCUUCAUGUUCAUGUUCACACCAAUCAAGGACGCUCCUGAUCCCCAGUUUGAAGUUUUCAUCCACGAUCAAAGGGAGAAAUACACUUUCUUGGACAUCUUUCGGCCAGAGAAAGUCGUCCUCCUCAAUAACGCCAUUGCCAAUAUAUUCAUUCGUCCUGAGAUGAUCCAGAAGCAGAGCAAGAAAGAGAAUCCUUGUUCCGUGGAUGAAGGCUAUAGCUAUUACAGGGUGCCGCACUUCUUGGAGAAGGAAAAAACAUCAUUGCUGGACCUCUUGGCCAACAUAGCAGGAAUCGUUGGCAUCUGCCUCGGCGUUUCCUUGAUAUCCAUCUACGACGUCAUCGCGCAAAUUUCCUCACUCAUUCACGAAAAACUGCUGCGCAAAAGUAACAAGGUCAUCCAAGAGAGCAAUCCUUAA